AUGAUUUAUAAAGUUGCUUUAUCUUCUUUUUCCUUCGUACCUGAAAAAAAUGAGAGGGAACCAGGCAGCCAACUGACUAAACCUGUUUUUAUUGAAGAUGCUAAUUUUGGACGCCAGAUAUCCUAUCAACAUGCAGUUGUCCAUAUUCCCACGGACAUCUAUGAGGGCUCAACCAUAGUGUUAAAUGAACUCAACUGGACAAGUGCCUUAGAUGAAGUUUUCAAAAGAAAUCGAGAUGAAGACCCAACAUUGCUGUGGCAGGUGUUCGGCAGUGCCACUGGACUGGCCCGGUAUUAUCCAGCUUCUCCCUGGGUGGAUAAUAGUAGAACUCCAAACAAGAUUGAUUUGUAUGAUGUACGCAGAAGACCAUGGUAUAUCCAGGGUGCUGCAUCCCCCAAGGACAUGCUUAUUCUGGUGGACGUGAGUGGAAGUGUGAGUGGAUUGACUCUGAAGCUCAUCAGAACAUCUGUCUCUGAAAUGCUAGAGACCCUCUCGGAUGAUGAUUUCGUGAAUGUAGCUUCAUUUAACAGCAAUGCUCAGGACGUAAGCUGUUUCCAGCACCUGGUCCAGGCGAAUGUGAGAAACAAGAAGGUGUUGAAAGAUGCUGUAAAUAACAUCACAGCCAAAGGGAUAACAGAUUAUAAGAAGGGCUUUAGCUUUGCGUUUGAGCAGCUGCUUAAUUAUAAUGUUUCCAGAGCGAAUUGCAACAAGAUCAUCAUGUUAUUCACAGAUGGAGGAGAAGAGAGAGCCCAGGAGAUAUUUGCCAAAUACAACAAAGACAAAAAAGUCCGUGUGUUUACAUUUUCUGUUGGUCAGCAUAAUUAUGACAGAGGACCUAUUCAGUGGAUGGCUUGUGAAAACAAAGGUUAUUAUUAUGAAAUUCCCUCCAUUGGCGCAAUAAGGAUCAAUACUCAGGAAUAUCUAGAUGUUCUUGGAAGACCAAUGGUUUUAGCAGGAGACAAAGCGAAGCAAGUCCAGUGGACAAAUGUGUAUUUGGAUGCACUGGAGCUGGGACUUGUCAUUACUGGAACUCUGCCGGUCUUCAAUGUCACUGGACAAUCUGAAAAUAAGACAAACUUAAAGAACCAGUUGAUUCUUGGUGUGAUGGGCGUUGAUGUUUCUCUGGAAGAUAUAAAGAGACUGACACCACGUUUUACACUGUGCCCCAAUGGCUACUAUUUUGCAAUUGAUCCUAAUGGCUAUGUCUUAUUGCAUCCAAAUCUUCAGCCAAAGCCUAUUGGUGUAGGCAUACCGACAAUUAAUUUAAGAAAAAGGAGACCCAACGUUCAGAACCCCAAAUCACAGGAGCCAGUCACACUGGACUUCCUCGAUGCAGAGUUAGAGAAUGACAUUAAAGUGGAGAUUCGAAAUAAAAUGAUAGAUGGAGAAAGUGGAGAAAAAACAUUCAGAACUCUGGUCAAAUCUCAAGAUGAGAGAUAUAUUGACAAAGGAAAUCGAACAUACACAUGGACACCUGUCAAUGGCACAGAUUACAGUUUGGCCUUGGUAUUGCCAACCUACAGUUUUUACUAUAUAAAAGCCAAAAUAGAAGAGACAAUAACUCAGGCCAGAUCAAAAAAGGGAAAAAUGAAGGAUUCAGAAACCCUGACAGACAAUUUUGAAGAAUCUGGCUAUAUCUUCAUAGCACCAAG